AACAUGAUAGUGAUAAAUAAUUUGUGAAAAUUUUAAAAGUUGCAAAAAAAUAGAUCAAAAUUGCAAAGUGUAUACAAAAGACGGAUAAUGUCAAAAUCAAAACAUUUCAACGGGCAAGCGGACGACAAGAUGGCGGUGGACGCGUAUUCGCCGCCAGACGAGCGUCAGCGAUCGGACCACAUCGUUGACGUGGUGUGUCGCAUCAUGGACGAUGACGGACCGCGGCCCAUGGUGAACUGCAGGCCUGCUCAGAAAAGCCGCAACGCCGCGGAUCAGUUCCACGCUGACCACCAGGAGGCUUACGAGGCCCGCGGCCGCCAGAGCCGCGACCGCAUGCAGUCGGUGCGCCUCCACAACACGGGAUACCCGAAGAUGCACGAUGAACUGGACCGGAGGCGGUCUACUGCUAAGGUAACAAUGACGCACGCGCAACGCACCGCAGUCCAGCAAGCAGCCUACAACCGGUGUAACGCUUGCAUCAAAAACAAAAAGAGGGCAGAACCCAAGAAAAAGGCAUUCACCCCCAGAGACUAUAAGAAACGAUCCAGACAUCGGCAGGGGGGCGCUCGGAUCACCAAACCAAAAUCUAGGCAGAGAGCCAGGCGAUCCCCUUGCCGGAUUUACAGAUUAUCCAAAAUUAGAACCAAUAGAGGUUGUCAAUGCUCAACCUUCCUCCUUGCUAAAGACAAAAAGAGCGGGACCAAUGACAUCCCUUUGAAUUUGGAACCGCCGGUCAUGACAGAAGAUACUUUUGCAUGUCGCGACUUGAAGGUGAAUUAUUCUGAAGCUUACAAAGAUAAAUCGAAAACUAGUAAUUACACCAAAGAUGGGUCUUCGAAACGUGAUAACCCGGACACUGAUCCUUCUGUGAGUAGCUAUAACAGUUACGCGUCGCUUGAAGAUGAACCAAUGGUUUCAAAUUAGUUUUUGGU